GAGAUGAACCUGAAGACGUUGAACUUCGAGCAGUUCCUGCCCAUGAUGCAAACCAUCGCCAAGAACAAGGACCAGGGCUGCUUUGAGGACUACGUGGAGGGGCUGCGCGUCUUCGACAAGGAGGGCAACGGCACCGUCAUGGGCGCAGAGAUCCGCCAUGUCCUCGUCACCCUGGGUGAGCAG